AUGCUCUUCUUCCAGAUCCUCUUCACUCUCGCAGUCGCCGUCCUGGCCGCCGCCGAGACGCACACCAUCCACUUCGACAAUGCGUGCAACCGGGGCACUCCGGUGAUCUACCAGAACUUCAAGCAAUUGCACUCCGGUCCGGGAGACUAUACGUUCCAGGGCGAGGCGCGCUCGGUCAUUGCCUUCCUGCAGACGGGAAAUUGCGGCGCGAACGGCGAGGGCUGCACCAUGGUUGAGUUCACGCUCGUCAACGGCGGACAAGUGUCCAGCACGGACGUGACCCUCAUUCCUCCUCAUACCUUCUCCGUCGCCACCGGCUUCGGGUACUACAACGGGUGCGACGGCGUCGGCAACAACUGCCAGUCCGCCAACUGCGCGGGCGCUUUCCACCAGACGGGUGACUACAGCGCGCAGCGCCAGUGCGUUCACGAUAAUGUCAACCUCGCUAUCACCUUCUGUAAGUAAAGAGGCAAAAUCAAAGCCACACACACUUGGUUGGCAACAAAUUAAUGGGACAAUCGGUGUACUGAUCGAGGGUGUACUGUUACCAAUGCGAAUGUCGUAUGUAAUGC